AUGGAUGAAGACCGCGUCAAAAGAUAUUUACAAAUUUGGUGGGAAGGUAUUAAAAGUUUACCCCAAACUACAUCGAUACACGGUUUUCGAUAUAUUGGAGACUUUAAAAGACAUUGGAUUGAAAGAUUAUUUUGGUUGAUAUUCGUCAUUCUUUCUUGGUACGGAUCGAUGCUCUUAAUUGCUGCUCAGUACGACGCCUUUCAAAAUAAACCAAUAUCUUUUGUGGUUGAAACUACUUAUAAAGACUGGAAUACUCAGUUUCCGUCAAUUGCUGUAUGUGAAAACGAAAAUUCUGGAAGAAUCGAAAAUGUUUCUGAUAUCUUAUGGGGACAAGGUCAUGAAUAUGAAAUAGAAGAAAUUUUGAAAGAAAUAGCAUAUUUUAAAGGUGUUACAUAUUACGUAUCCGAUUUCUGUGGAACUGACAAUGCGUUAGAAGAAUGUUUCGAAUCCAAUCUAUAUUAUUAUGCUAAUUUGGUUCGUAGUGGAUGCCGUGAAAUAUUGUCGAAUUGUUCGUGGAAUGACGAAACAUUCGAUUGUUGCACACACUUUGUACCAAUGGAAACUGAAUUCGGAAAAUGCUACGUUAUAAAUUCUAUACAAGGAAGUAAAAGAAAGGCGCCGAACCUAGAAAUGAUUAGUAACAGAACCACAGGGCCAGGAAUGAUAAAAUUUGAUGUCAGUCUGCCAGUUAAGGUGUUUGUAUUGAAUGAGGAAGAAGUGCCAUCGCUGACCUCUCUUGGUUCAGACUUUAUAUCUGUCACAUUAGAGUUCAAUUACAGACGUCAAAUAACGAUUAAGAACAUCGAAAAUGAUGUAGAUGCACGAAAGAUUGUUCCCGAGAAAAGGAAAUGCAGAUAUAUCAACGAAAAUAUUCUAAAUGUAUAUCCCUACUAUUCAUAUACGGCGUGCACGGUACAGUGUAGAAAGAAUGCACAAAUGAGACUUUGCAACUGUACAAAUUUCUUCAUGCCUAACACUUCUGAAUCAGAAAAAUGUAACAUCACUGGAAUUUUAUGUUUGAAUGAAUAUGUUCAACAACUAUCAGUUCUCAAAGCACGUUGGUCUUCGCGGCCAGGGUUACAUUGCGAUUGUUUGCCGUCUUGUACUGAAGCUGAGAUAUCAAUAGUCAAGGAUUUUAAUACAGUUAAUAGUAGAAAUCGUUCUACAGUUCAAGUAGAACUGUCAUCUUUGCCUACUGAAAGAUACAGACGAAAUGUCGUAAGAGGCGUGCUUGAUUUAGUUGUGUCAACAGGUGGAACUGGCGGUUUAUUUCUUGGCGCAAGUAUUUUAAGUUUUGUAGAGUUGAUUUAUAUUUUACUUCUGAGACCAUUCUGCGACAUCUACAGUCAACGAAAUGAGGAUCAGUGGCAUAGAAAGUAUGGAAACCGACUCAUUGAAGAUAAUAAAUUUAAGUUAAAUUCUAACUUUGCUUUGAAUAACAUGAAAAAGCAAUUAAAAUAAAUAAAUGGUUGGAUUAUUUGUAAAAUAGGUGUUAGUUACUUUGUGCACAUAACUAUUGUUAUAGAUAACGUUGUUUAAUCAUAAUUUACUUGUUAUGUGUUAAGAGCUGUUAAUAUAUUAAAUAAAAUGUUUAAGUACAUAAAAAAA